UACCAAAUCAUCUAAGAGUCUAGAAAAGGCCUUUAUAUAUGGUUUGUUUCUAUGGAGGUAGCAGACUAGCACUACUUACAGGGUAAGUUUUUGGUUAGUAGAUUUCCUUUGAGAAUCAUCAAAAUGCAUGGAGAAGUUUCAAACGAUGUAGAGGUAGGGGUACCAGUUGCUAUGGUUUGGGAUAUCUAUGGCAACCCCCUCAAAUUAGCCAAGGUUUCCACUGAGCUACUUGCCGACAUCGUCAAAAAGAUCGAAAUUCUUGAAGGAGACGGAGGAGUUGGCACGUUGAUGAAGGCUACGUUUCCUCCAGGAAGUGGUUUUGAUUACACAAUAGAGAAAUACAAAAUUCUUGAUCAUGAGAAGCACUUGAAGGUAGCUGAGAUCAUUGAAGGAGGGCCAUUAAAGCUUGGGUUUAACUUGUACCGAGUGAGGAAUGAAAUAAUAGAAAAAGAUGUGAAUUCAACUAUUAUCAGAUCAUCAAUUGAGUAUGAAAUCAACGAAGAGUUCGCUGCCAAUGUUUCCUUCGCCAGUACUGCUCUUUUGGAUCUCCUUGCUAAUGCAAUUGGGAAGUAUCUUACUGAGAAGAAAGCUGAUGACUGAUAGAAUCCAUUAAAGUUUUUUCAUUUCACAUUUUUAGUUGCUUUUGGAAUAAGGAUUUGUGCUGAUGUUGCACCUCUCUCUCUCUCUCUCUCUCUCUCUCUCUCUCUCAGAGAUCACAAAAUAUGUUGGUGUUGGAGAAGAUCAUGAUAUUUUAUUAUUGAUAAGAAAGAGAUGAUGGGAGCUUCUUCUGUA